AUGCGCGCUGCCACUAAAAUUUGCGCUAAUCGCUCCCAGCCCAUGAACGAGAAACCCACCUCACGUUCCGGCUGGCCUUAUGCUCGUGUUGUACCAGCCUUAGAUGAAGCAUCUGCUUUACGUCUUAGCUGUCAGCCUCCACAACUUGCCGCAACUCCGAAUGAGAUUUUAUUCUCACAUUCGAGUCGGAAACUAUCACUUCCUGCCACGAUUUUGGAUGAGGCACUCGCUUUGCAUUCAGACCGGCAGCCUAGCGCAACGGUUACGACUUCGGACGUGACCCCGGUUUCAUGUCCAAGUCCACCAGAUGCAGCUUUAUCUCGACCAUCAAACGAGACUUCCGUCUCACGUUCUGGUCGAAGGAUUGUUUUGCCGGCACGUUUUCAAACUUAG